AUGGCUACACAAACUGUUGAGAACAGUUCUAAAUCGGGCCCAAGACGAACUACUGUAGGGAGUUUAUUAAAACCAUUGAAUUCGGAAUAUGGGAAAGUAGCUCCGGGGUGGGGAACGACCCCUUUGAUGGGUGUCGCAAUGGCUCUAUUUGCGGUAUUUCUAUCUAUUAUUUUGGAGAUUUAUAAUUCUUCCGUUUUAUUGGAUGGAAUUUCAAUGAAUUAA